GUUUACGUGAAGGACUCUGAUCAGUCAGUGAGAUUCCACUUCCAUCAGCCAGCUUCUUUCCCACAAUGCUCCUGUGCGUAACCCCACUGCACUGCAAUAACGUAGGCAGAGACGUUUACCAUGUCGAGUAAAAGACACAACAAACAUGUAACAUAACACACACCACUGCCAGACUCCAUCAGAAUCUUAUUCAAAAUCAUACACCAAUAAAAAUCAUAUAAUAUUGAACUAUAGAUUUAAAAUACACAGGGGGAAUGCACAUAUACUGACAUACUGUAUAUUGGUAAAUACAUGCGUUUAUCAGAAAAUACUAUUUUCCAAUAAAUCACAAGAUAUUUCUGUUCCUUAAGGGGAACUAGCGGUAUAUUAGCACAAUGCUACAUUCUACAGAUUUACUGUGUGUGAUGACUGAUUGUUGUCUAGUUUUCCUCUUUUUUAUUAAGACACACAUCAACUGUGUUUUAACCAGAGUAACAGUUACUUUCACAUUUUCACAUGGAACAAUUCACAUUUGACUUCAUGCAUAAAAUCUUCACACUGUAUUAUUUACUUUCACAGGAGGCAGAAUUAGGUGAGUAUAAACACUUUUCUGUGAUGGUAAUGUGUUUAUGCUGCAUGAAUAAUAUAUUUAUUGUGCAGAUGAAAUAGAUUAGACUGUGCUGUGUGUUCAGAGUGCAAUAGCACAUAGAUAUAUGAGCAUCAUGAGCAUAGUGUAGUGAACACCACAGACUGUGAUCGCUGCAGAACGUCCGUCACGCUGGAGUCUAGUUUGUCAUUAGUGUUAUACAGACACAGAAAUCUGACCUACACACUGAUACUGAGAGCUAAAAAGCUGAAGGUUUUUGUUUGAAUGUGAUUUCAUAGCAGUAACUCCUUCUGAAAGUGAUUGAGACGGGCUAACGUUACUGUAGUGUAUAUAACUACAGAGAGAGAUGUGAGUUAGAGAGUUCACACCGGAUCAUGGUGCAUGAAAGAGAUUAUAACAGAAUAGAAGUAAGUGAUCUGGUGAAUUUGUUUCUUGCAGCAUUAAUACUGAAAGAGCCUGAAGAGGGUUUUUUUUCAAGUCAGCAGAAAGAGGAGAGAAACAAGCCAGUACAGGAUAAAAACAGACUUCUUGAGAACAGCUACAGCACGUUUAGAGCCAAUACUAUAGGAUCAAAUACAGAGAACAUUACAGAAAAUAACUGCAUUUUUAAUCAUCUCAACAAUCUUACUUUGCAUUUUUCCCCUCACAUCCUCCUCUAAAUGAAGUGUUCGAGGUUCGUCAGAGAGACAGAAAAUGGACAGAAGAUGAGAGAGUGGAAAUGGAGAAAUCUGCUCGACUGAUUGAAUAUAAAAUAGAUGAAAAAAGUAUUUCUCGUGAAUUUAAAACAAACAUCAGAAAACUGGAAAAAACUGAAGAAGAGCUAAAAAACACUGAGCUGAAACUGUCUAAAUCACUGGAACAUAAAGAGCAACAGCUAGAGGAGUGUAAAAGACAAAUAGAGGAUAAAGACACAGAACUGAGAAACAGAGAGAAAAUCAUGAAGAAAGACGCACUACUCAAUGAUUCAAAUACAAAACUAGACAAGACGACUGAAGCACUACAGGAGAGAGACAGAGCUCUACAGGAGAGAGACAGAGCUCUACAGGAGAGAGACAGAGCUCUACAGGAGAGAGACAGAGCUCUACAGGAGAGAGAGCAACAACUGAAACUGAAAGACACACAGAUACAGGAGGCACGAACACAAGUGGAGGAAAAGGAGAGAAGAUUUGUGGAGAAGGAAAAAGAAUUAAAGGAGAAAAAUGAACAGCUGACGGUUCUAAAAGAACGUUUAGGGACUAAUGAGAAGACUCUUUCUGAGAGAGGUGAAGCGUUAAUGGACACAAAUAAAAAACUUCAAAAUGCCACUGAACAGAUUAAGGAGAAAAUCUCAGAACUGGAGAAUAUGAAGAAACUGCUGAGUGAGAAAGAAACACAGCUGAAGAACACAGAUAAAGAACUGGAAACUAGUAAAAAUAAACUGGAGACACUGGGACAGGAGCUGCAGGACAAGGAGAGACAACUACAGCACAAGAUGAUCAUACUGGAACAACAGAAAACUGAGUUAGCAGAAACAAAACAACAUCUUGAAGAGAAAGAGAGUCUUCUAACUGAGAGAGAGAGACACAGCUAAUGGAAAGAGACAAACAGCUUCAGGAGAAAGACAGACUUCUAGAGGAGAAAACAAAGCAGCUGCAGAAACAGACAGAUCCAGAAUCAUCAGCCCCCAUCAGAAGAAGAAACAGCAAGGAACGGUUACCUCCAAGUAUGAGUGGAGUGACUCAGGACUCUGCAGCACCAAUCAGGAGAAGAAACAGUAUGGAGGGAGAGCAUCCAACAUUGGGUGGAGAAUCGUCUAGUCCACAUUCUCCAGUGUCGGUUCCUGUAGCAGAACUGAGGCUGGUGCUGCUGGGGAGGACGGGGUCUGGGAAGAGUGCAGCAGGAAACACCAUCCUGGGCAGAGAGGAGAGGAACCAGGCUGGUACAUCUACAGAUACAUCUACAUCCACCCAGCAGAGUGAGAGCACACAGGGGGAGGUGGCUGGGAGGAAGGUGACUGUGGUGGACACUCCUGACUGGUUGUCUCCUGGACUCUCUCUGGAGAAGCUGAGACAGGACAUGGGACACUGUGUCCGUCUGUCUGCUCCAGGACCCCAUGCCUUCCUCCUGGUCAUACCUGUAAAGCAGCCUACAGGAGAGGAGAGAGGGACUCUGGAGAAAAUGGAGGAGAUGUUUGGAGAGAGAUGUUGGAGAAACACCAUGAUCAUAUUCAGUGUUACUGAUGAGCUUCAGAAGAAGAACAUUGAGGAGUUUAUCCAGGCAGGAAACCAGGAGGUCCUGAGAUUUGUAGAGAAAUGUGGGAACAGGUUUCACUGUCUCAACAUUGAGGAGAGUGGAGAUGGUUCUCAGGUCUCAGAGCUGCUGGAGAAGAUCGAGAAGAUGGUGGAAGGAAGCAGAGAGAAAUUCUACAGCAGUGAGAUCUACCUGGAGACAGAAUCUCAGAUUAGAGCAAUGGAGACAAAGAUCCUGAAGGAAAGAGAAGAGAAAAGGAUCAGAGAGGAGAUGGAAAUGAAGGAAAAAAUAAAAAAGGAGGUGCAGGACUCUCUGAGAAAGAUGGAGGGAGUGAUCCAGGAGCAUGAAGGAGACAUCAGACAACUUAAUGACCGAACAUCUGAACUGGAGAGAAAGAUGAAAGAAGAGAAGGAUGAGGAGAAAAAGAGAGAACUUGAGAAGGAGCUGAAACGAGAGGUAGAGCGAAGGACAGAGAUGGAAGGAAAGGUGAAGAAACUGAAAGAAAAGAGAGAGAGGGAGAGGAGAGAGAUGGAGGAGAGGCAUCAACAGGAGAUGGAGGAGAUCAGGGAAGUCUAUGAAGGAGAGGUCAGGAUGGAGGCAGAGAGAAACCUCAUGAAGAUCAUCCUGCCUGAACUCCAGAGAAACAUUUUGGCCUCAAAAACGAAGAUGCAGGAAGAGUUCAGCAGACAGAUGGAGGUGAAGAACAGAGAGCUGGAGAGCUUUAAACAGAGACUUUCAGAGCUCACAGAGACUCACAGUCUGCUUGAAGAGGUUUAUGAGAAAACUGUGAGAAGCAGCUCAGAACCAGAGAGAGCAGCUCUAACAGGAGAGGCAUCGAAGGGAAUGUCUCGGAGAUAUAAAGACUUUUUAUUAUUAUUAUUAAAUGUAAGUACCAGUAAUAAUUAUUAUUAUUAUUAUCACCGGCAAACUUGUUAGUGCUGAUUUCUGGUCUUGGAGGACGACAUAACAAAUAUAGUGAGUGUUGAUAAUGUGGACAUUUUACACACAGAAGAAGUCACAUCAUGCCCCAAUGUGUUUUAUUCUUCUUAUACCUCAGCAAUUUACCAACAAUUACAUUUUUAUGAUUAAAAAAAAAUGUCAGAAAACCUACCGAUUGUUACUGUGAGUGCUGACAGGUUGAUGACGCGACACUUUUUCUGUCCAGCUAUUUUUUUUUUUACCCGUUAUAUAUUGGUCAUUUUUCAUUAGAAGCUUAAAAAUAUAAUGUGGUGCGACCGUCGGAACACUAACACGAGUCUGAAAACUUUUGAAUUUUCAAUAAAUCCCUUUAUAGUUGUAUUUUUCCAUAUUCAACAUAAUGUCACAAAGUAUUUUACAUUUCUGAUCAAAACUGCAAAGAAUUUUUCAUUAAUAGUUAUUUUAUAAUGUGCUUGGGAAAUUGCAACCACCUGGAAAAGACCUUUUUAUGUAUUGUCAUGUGGUUGCCAUAUGUGGCUAUGUGGUUUGACCUCAAUAAAGAUGGAUAUUCUAUUAUUUCAUACAG